UCCAUGGAGAAUAACACAGAGGUGAAAGAAUUUGUGCUGCUAGGACUAACCAAUGCCCCAGAACUGCAGGUUCCGCUCUUUGUAAUAUUCACCCACAUCUACUUUAUCACUCUAGCUGGGAACCUGGGGAUGAUCAUGUUGAUUCUACUGGACUCUCGUCUCCACACUCCUAUGUACUUUUUCCUUAGUAACCUGUCUCUGGUGGACUUUGGUUACUCCUCAACAGUCACUCCAAAUGUGAUGGCUGGGCUUCUUACAGGAGACAAGGUCAUCUCCUACAAUGCAUGUGCUAUUCAGAUGUUCUUUUUUGUAGUCUUUGCCACUGUGGAAAAUUAUCUCUUGACAUUAAUGGCCUAUGAUCGCUAUGCAGCAGUGUGUAAACCCCUACAGUACACCACCACCAUGAUGACAAGUGUGUGUGCGCGUCUGAUCCUAGGCUGCUAUGUCUGUGGUUUCCUAAAUGCCUCCAUCCACAUUGGAAACACAUUCUGUCUCUCUUUCUGUCUGCCCAAUGUGGUCCACCACUUUUUCUGUGAUAUUCCAGCAGUCAUGGCUCUGUCUUGCUCUGAUAGACAUGUUAGUGAGCUGGUUCUUGUUUAUGUAUCCAGCUUCAAUGUUUUUUUUGCUCUCCUCAUUAUCUUGAUAUCUUACGUAUUCAUAUUUAUCACCAUCCUAAAGAUGCACUCAUCUGCAGGAUAUCAGAAAGCUUUAUCCACUUGUGGCUCCCACCUCACUAUAGUCUCCAUCUUCUAUGGAACUAUUAUCUUCAUGUACUUACAGCCCAGCUCCAGUCAUUCCAUGGACAUAGACAAAACGGCAUCUGUGAUCUAUAGUAUGAUCAUCCCCAUGCUCAACCCUGUGGUCUAUAGCCUGAGGAACAAGGAGGUCAAGAAUGCAUUCAAGAAGCUUGUUGAGAAGGCAAAAUAUUCUCUAGGUUUGGUCUUUUAA